GUAAGAUGGCGGGUGAUGAAUUGGCAAGGAAAGGAUGGCAUUUAACAGAGCAAGGAUUACAGGAAUGUAUGGAAGAUGGAAAUAAGAGAACAGAUGUAAUCGUAAAAAAUGCUUUAGACAUUUAAGAGAAAUUGGUGCAAAAUGGCUUCCAGAAGAACUUCAAAGAGGGAAAUUGGAUUAUAUCCAAGGACCUACUGUAUUACAAAUAACCAAGAUGAAAAAUAUAGCUGCUCCAAAAGAAAAUGAAGAAUCUCAAGGGGCACCACGUAUGAUGAAGAUAAUAUUAACAGAUGGUCAAACCAAUUGUACAGCUGUAGAGACAGAAAUACUUAAAAACAUGGGGUUUAAUACACCUCCUGGUUCUAAGAUAUUUAUAGAUGGAACAGUUGAAGUUGAAUGCAAUAUAUUACUGCUGAAUAAUAAAAAUACACGUUUUAUCGGUGGGCAUGUGGAAAAACUGGCUGAGAACUGGCAAUUAAAAAAGUCUCUCAAAUAUCAGACUAGAUCUAAUGUACGCUCAGAAGGUGGACCACCAGCAUAUGUGCCUUUUGGACAGAAAAAUACCUCACAGUUACCUAAUCCUAGAAAAGAGAAUUUCAAGUCUUUUGACACAAAUAAGGAAAAGUCGAGUGGCGAUAAAAAUGAAUUUCAACAACAGAGACAAGCAACAAUUGCAGAAGCGUUACAAGCCAAAGAUUCUAAAGCUAAAACAUUUGGUGGUGGUGGUAAAUUGGCUUUAGAAGACAAUGAUAUUGCUAAGAUUGUUGAUAUGGGAUUUUCAACAGAAGAUGCAACUAAUGCUUUACGUUUCUCCAAUGGCAAUGUCAGUGAUGCCAUUCACAGUCUUCUUAGUAAAGGAAAUAACUCCCGAGGUCGACCUCGUCAAGAUAAACAUGAACGACCAUCUGAAAGAGUGGAUAGAACAGAUAGAAAAGAAAAACCAUCUAGUCGUCCAAGGAGAGGUGGGAACCCUACUAACACUGAAGAAUCAUCAGCUAAUAGUCAACCUAGUGGCCCCAGUACAUUAUUUGAUUUCUUAACAAAUAAGAUACCAGUUAAAGAAGAAACAAAACCAUCUAGUUCUACCAGCAACUACAAAUCACAGAGUCGCUUUGUAGCAGAGCAUAAUGAAAACAAAACCAAUCAACCAUCACAGUCAACUAAUAGUUAUGAUAAUAAAAGCAACCCUAAUAGAACUAACAGAUCUAAUCCUCAUUAUGAAGCUAGUAGUUCAAAUCAUCCUGAUAAUAAAUCACACUCAUCUUACGAUAAUCAUAAUUAUAAUAACAGACGUCAAAAUGUGCCACCCCGUUUUGCUCAGAAAUAUGGGAAGGACGCUGCUGAUGGUCACUAUAAUUCUGGUAUGUCCAAUAGUUCUAAUUCAGACAGUGAUAAUUUUGACAGAACACGACAUAAAAGACAGGAGAACUAUCGAAAUGACUAUAAUGGAAGCUCGAGAGACUCAAACUAUCGUUCUCAGAACAAAUAUUCACAAGAUUCACGGAAAAGUGAUAAUUACGAUCCUCCUCCUAAUCGCUCUGGUGCAUCUUCACGACCUAUAGAAAACAAGAAAUAUAAUGACUAUUCUAAAACAAAGUCUGCUGACGUGAAAUAUUCUCAAGCUGGUGGAAUAAAAUCUCAAAGUGAUAGAUUGGUCAAUUCUCAAGUACAGAAUAAUAGAUCUACUGCCACUACCACAAGUUCUUCUAAAUGGGAGACAAGAAAUGAUCUAGCAGGCUGGAAUAAAGGUGACAUGUGUUUAGCCAAGUACUGGGAGGAUAAACAGUUUUACCCUGCUGUAAUAGAAGCUAUAGCACAGAAUGGUUCAACUUGUGUUGUAACAUUUCCUGAUUACGGUAACCAAGAAGAAGUCUUUUGUACAGACAUGAUGCCUAUGCCAAACCAAAAUUGGACUGAUGGUGUACAAAGUAUGAAUCAAGUUACGUUUACAGCUCCUCCACCAUUUUAUCCAAAUCAGAUGCCAGUAUGUCCACCUUAUCAACCAGAUCCAUACAUGGCAGCUGGUCAUUUCACUAUGGAGUUUAGACGGGGCGGUAAUGGUCCACAAUACAACCGUAAACAGGACAAGGGACGUCCAACGCAACAGUUUUAUCAACCACCUAGUAACAAGUCAUAUCAAUAACAGUUAUACAAUCAGUUAUUCUUAAACUUACAGUCUCUUUUAAAUCAACACAAAAUACUAUUAUAGAAAUCUAGUCAAAAAUAUAACACGAAAAUAACUAACUGAUCAUAUUAGAAUAAAGUGCCUAUCUUAUUUUGUUAAUGAUUGUCUGCUUGAUGUGAAUUUCAAUUACCAAGGAAAUGGCACUAAGGAAUACUCAUGAUUUUUCUGUAAUAUGAUUACUUGCUCUUUAUAUUUGUAUAAUGUCUUUGAUAAGAAUAAAUGUUUAUAUUUAAAGUAUUUUUAAUAUUAGACUAUAUUAGGAGACUGUAGCUUUAAACUUGUAUUUAUUUUGAUAUUUGAUUCAGAAAAAGUAUUGACCUGAUCAAUGCAAAUAUUGAUUUCAUGGUCAUUUAAAAUCCCCAGCCAAUGUUUUGUUUAUUUAUUGGUUUUGUGCUUAUUUCUUGAUAAAAUAAUGUGAGUCUUACUUUCAUGAACAGGAGCUUAUUGGUCAGUCAUUGUGAUUAUAGAUAAAUAAAGAAAACCAAAGAUCGAUAUAAAUCAUAAAAAGUAUAUAUUGUAUUUGCACAGAAAUCAAAGAUGUGUAACAUUUACCCAUUCCUGUUUAAAACCAUAUUUCGUGGAAUUGGUAAUUAUUGUGAAAUCCUAGCGUCUUUGUUCAAAUUAUUAAAAUAUUGUUGAAUAAUAAUGGUGUUACGACAGUUGCAAUUAAUACCUCAUAGUUUAAGAUGGCUUAUGACAGUUUUUAUAUAUUUUAUAUAGUUUACACUGCACUUAGAUUUUAUUAAGUAUUUGUAAUAAACUCGACAUGUACAAUAUUUCCAAGUAAUGACUUUUAUCAAAAUUUCAUCAUUUGUAUACAGAAUAAUAGUUAUAUAGAGGUUGAAUUUUCAUUUGUAGAUCAACUGAAUAAACAAAGAGUUUUCUGUCAAAACAGGGCAGAGGGCCUGGCAAGGGACAACGUAUAGUCAUUCGAAUGGGAUGAAAAAGUAAGGUCAUGUGUACACAUCGACAUGCACAUAAGAAAACUCUUGGUAAUUGGAAUUCGAUAUAAGAGUAGGCCAUAGCGCCGCUGUCCGCACAAAAUUUCCCUCAUAGCACACUGUAUGGCGUAUGCCCGUCUUCAUUAGCCUAGUCGGAUCAGAACAGUAGGACAUGAAACCCCAUUUCAUUUUCUCUUGGAAAUACUGUAUUUUUUUUUGUAUUUUUGUGCCAAUUAUAUUUAUGUUUAUAUUUUGGGUUAGUGUAUAAGUAGUUACUGUAGCAUAUGUUUAUUGUUCUAAUAUUAACCACUACUGAACUACUACUUAAUAUUUAGAACUUUGUGCUAGACAUGUAUUAAUGAUAUCAAUAAAAACACAGAAAAAAACCCCACACAAAUCAGUGCUGGAUAACAUGACAGGUGUCCUAUUUCCAGGCUUCAUACAAGAGCUACUAUAAUAUAUAGUCCCAUAGGUAGGCAUCUUCAAUAGAAGGCUUGAUCUCGCUUCAACUCUGUACAUCUUAUCAAGACCUUCACGUAAAUACUCUGCAUUUUUCGUCACUAAUUUUGAUUGGUUAAUGACCCAGCUUGUGACCUCUCAGAUUCCUCGAUAGAAAAUAGCAUCACAAGUUGAAAGAUUCAAGGUUCGUUCAAUUUUACGAUUGCUGGAACUUUUCCACUUCAAACUCAGCAUUUAACAUAUCUAUUCCUUUAUGUGUCUGUAAUAAAGUGAGAUAACGUACCUAAAAAAUUUUGAAAUUCAGACUUAUCCGGCAAUGGCCAGAUAAGUAAAAACCUCAAUCGUUGCUUCAGGAACAUGACAGCUAGGGUGCCCCAUCAUAAAUUAAAUAUAUUGACAAUUAUACCACAAUAUUUAUAUAACUAGCCUUAACUUAUUUCUAACAUUUAUCAUCACUAAAUAACGGUUAUAUUGAAUUUAACAAGUUCUAACCAUUUAAACAGCAAUAAAAAAAAAUAGACUAAAAAAGUAAACAACUACCAACUGUUCUCCUGCUGAUUGACAGGCCUGGAUAAUCAAGAAUUAUUUUCUACGAAAAUACUACUGGUAUCCUCUUGCCUAACGUGAGUGUUUUGGAGAUAUUAAACCAAAAGAUGCCACUCCUAAUGUUAUAGUUAAUAAUAGAGUAAAUUAAAAAACAAAACAACAGUAAUUUUCUAAAGCUGCUGUAACAACCUAAACGCUAAAUAUUACUGUUAUUCAGAAUCAUUAACAAUAGAUUUUUUACGGCUUUAAUAGUUUAUAAAUGUGUAGAAAUUGUCUCGUGCGAUGGAUAAUAGAACAUCUCCAGAUUAUGCACAUGCUCCACCUCAACCCGGUUAUCACAUGGGAACUUGUCAUUUGAGCAUGAACAACUUUUAAUUGAGCAACAUUUUACUGUGUGGGGCACCCUACGAUAGGAUCAAAACAAAUAUUCAGAAUUUCAGAUACUGUCUGGUCAUUAAGUAUUAAGAGAUGUAAUAAUUUAAAUAUAUGGUAAACGAUAGCUGUCUGUUAAGUGCAGGGAUGAGUAUAAUGCACAAUAAAACACUGACACGUUAUUAUUUUUGUUUUAGCAUGACCACCUUCUGCUUUUUAGUUCAUACAUCAUAGGUUAUUUCAAACAUUUCACAGGAUAUUCAAUUCUGACUUUAAACUUCAUAUUUUCUAUUUUCUGAAUGAUAGUUUAAUUUAGAAUUAUGGUUGUAUUCCCUUCCAUGAUAAUAUAAAGCAAGGGAUUAAUUAAUGUCUCAUCAUUUUAAUGUGAGCUGAAAGAGGUUUAUAGAAGUACUUAUAAAAAUGAUACGACCCAAUUCUUGUAAUUUUAACAUAUAAGUCUGGUUCCAUUUACCAUGGUAUAAAAUAUCAUUGAGUAGCCUAUCAUUUGAUCAGUCACUGUUUAUUAUUGUUUGGAAAAGUAUUAUAAUACCACCGAUUUAUGGGCUAACUACACCCUGCUGUAUUUUAUGGGACAUAAUGUGUUGAAAUUACUGUGACUGUCAAGAGGGUUUACAUUAAGAAAGGUAUUCACAUUUUCAAGUUAUUAAUGAACUGGAUUAUUAUUUUGUUCCUGAUUUGUGAAAAAGGUGAGCAAAGGUGGUAAGGUAAACAGAUUUUUGUCUCAAUUUGAAAAAAGGGUUUUGUUAUAAUAUGGAAUGUUAAUUGUUUGUCCAAUGAUUUAUAUAUCCAGAGAAUGAAUCGAAAAUCAUGAUUACUUAUGGUGCAUAAAUUUAUAUGUUUUGACAAGAGCCUGUUAACAUAUACUUAAAUAUUCUAUUAUAUGUAAAUGAAUCUUGCCAUUAUGUUAAAGAUUUAUGACAACAUGUGGUGUUAGUUUUACAUAUAAAACUAUGUAAAUUAUAAUUGAUUUAUAAAAUGGUAUUAUAUAGUGGGACAAAUUGUACAGAUUGAUAUUGGAAUGAUUUGUAUAACUUGUAGUUAAAAUAUAUUAUUGAGAAAUAGAGUCUAGUUUGAUUAUUAAAGUCUUUUUAUGACUGGAACUGUUUAUAGCUUUGUCUUUAAGUACAACAUAAUUCCUGAUUGGAAACAAGCUUUAGCUGAGGUAAAUCAAAUGCAUCAUUUGUGACCCGUGCUGGCUAAAUGUGUUGGAAUGCGCAAAAUCUAAUAUUGAGCAAGACAAAACAAGUGAAAAUAUUGAUUUUGGUCGAAAUUGAGUCUAUAAAUAUGCUAUCAAUCAACCUAAAAGAUCAAAAUAGCAAUAAAAUAUUUUGAAACACA